CAUAUGCACAAAGUCAUUGCAUGCAUGCAAUAUAUCCUAAAAACAACAAGAGACAAUUCUCAAGUAAUUAGAAAGAGUAACAUCAUCAGGUGUUGAGCAAGCUAAGCAUGGGGCCUUUAAAGCAGCACCACAUUUGUGUAACUUUUCUAGUGUCAUUGAUGAUCUUCACUCUUUCCUCAGCAGAUCCCUCAAUUGAAUUUCUGCCCUAUGAUGAUGAUGCUAUAUCAUCCACACUGAAGCCAAUGGCGCCUCCACCGAAGUCGCCGCAUCCUCCUGCACCAGCCCCAUCCAAGCCCACACAUUCAUCGAAACCUCCCGCACCCGCACCCGCACCUUCUAAGCCGACGCAUGCAUCAAAAGCUCCCGCGCCCGCUCCGUCCAAGCCAACACAUGCACCUAAAGCUCCCGCGCCAGCACCAUGUAAGCCAACACAUGCAUCGAAAGCUCCCGCGCCCGCACCUUCUAAGCCCUCACACACAUCAAAAGCUCCCGCACCCGCACCAUCCAAGCCCACACACGCACCAAAAGCUCCCGCGCCCGCACCAUCUAAACCAACACAUGCAUCAAAAGCACCCGCGCCUGCACCAUCCAAGCCGACACAUGCAUCAAAAGCACCCGCGCCUGCACCAUCCAAGCCAGCACAUGCAUCGAAAACUCCCGCCCCAACACCAUCCAAGCCGACACAUGCACCUAAAGCUCCAGCGCCAGCACCGUCUAAACCCACACAUGCAUCGAAAGCUCCCGCACCCGCACCUUCUAAGCCAACGCACGCAUCUAAAGCUCCCGCGCCCACACCAUCUAAGCCAACACAUGCAUCGAAAGCUCCCGCACCUGCACCAUCCAAGCCAACACAUGCAUCGAAAACUCCCGCGCCCGCACCAUCCAAGCCAACACAUACACCUAAAGCUCCCGCUCCAGCCCCAUCCAAGCGAACACAUUCACCGAAAGCUCCUGCACCCGCACCAUCCAAGCCCACACACGCAUCAAAAGCUCCCGCACCCGCACCAUGCAAGCCAACACAUACACCAAAAUCUCCCGCGCCCGCACCAUCCAAACCCACACAUGCAUCGAAAGCUCCGGCGCCUUCACCAUCCAAGCCAACUCAUACAAUGAAAUUGGCACCACAUCGACCAGCACCCUCACCAAGGGCACCGUUGCAUACACCCCCACCAGCACCAAAACUCCCACCGCCAACACCAAAGCUUGGACGAAGGCUUGCAUUAUUGCCACCACAUCCAUCACCCAAGCCGGCACCUAAGCCAGCUCCCAAACCGCCAACUCCAAAGAGGAGCUAGAUCAUAUAUGCGCUUAUUUAAUAUUGAAUGUCCAUACGUCUAAAUAAAUUAAGAUUGCAAUAAUGCAAACUCAAUGUGAGUUGCUUGUGGUGUUAUUAUUUACCUCGAUCGCCAUGGUGGCGGGGUUGUAUACUUGUAUUAAAGGAAAUUCUUGAAUCAUACUUGGUUGUAAACUUUCUCGUUCUCUCAUCUCUUGUUUUAGAAGCAUAUAUUAUAAUCAAGAGAAAUGGUGCUAAAUAGGAGCUUAACUUAUGGUAUGUAAUUAAAUAAGAGCUUGACUUUUUUUACUCCUAAAUAG